AUGGUUCUUCAGUAUGAUGAAAAUGUUCGCAACCUGCUGUAUCGGAGAUCAUGCCAAUACACGCAGAGCGGACUUGUGGAUGCCUCUGUCCUCGAAGCUGAUCUCGUCGAGAGGGUGAAGAGCUUCGCGAAGCGUUAUCCGAACAGCAGGACAGCCCAGGCUUGCAAGGCUGUGGAGGGAUGCACCCCCGACGCUAUCGCAGAAGCCAUCCGCUCGACAUGUCAGCAGGCACGACGUGAGCUUCUGCAAGAAGCGAUGGCUGGAUGGAGUGACGCAUCCAGAGAGUGGUUUAUGCAGCAGAUUGAAGAAGCCAAGAAAGAGAAGGUCGAGACAUACACCGCCUCAGCAGGCAACGAGGUGACUUCCUUCAUCUCCAUGACUCUCCUGGGCAUCUCCUCGGUGUAUGUCAACCAUGAAGAAAAGCUGAAGAAGAAAUUUGAAGACUCGGAUCGGACUGAUCCGAGUGCUGAGGAGAUCCCGGUGACUGUUUCCUUCCUCCGCAAUGCACAAGCGGAGAAGCUCUGGCAGGGAAGAGAGGACUUCGCGAUCGAUGGUCGCAAGUUCACAGCUGUACAUGUGAGCAUCGUGCACGAUCGAUCUUUCAAGAUUCGAGCCAAGAGAGGACCCUGGGGCAAAGGGGGCAGCUUGGCAGAGCUGACUCACCUGCUAACCUUGGGCGGCAUGACAACGGCUGAGAUAGCUGCCGUCUAUCGCUAUCAGCUGCUGCGCCAGUCCCUGGCAGCGGUACAGCUCCAGCCGCUGGCAGGCAUGCUGGUCGCUGGGGCGCCAGGACAGCAAGUCCACAAAGGCUUAGGUCAGAAAGGCUUCGUCGCUGUAGGGGCCAACGUCAUCUGGAGACAGAGGGAGGUGGAGUGGAUCGUCUCCUCGAGCUGCCCAGAGGCGAAUGAUACAGCAUUUCGAGCUUUCCGAGAGAGCGAAGCGAUGGAGGGAGUACACCUGACUCUGUUCAGCGAGGACCCGAAGAUCAGAGAGGCGCUCGCAGUCGAGUUGACAGCGGAUCGCUUUGUGUCCAGAAAUAAGUUGAAGAAGGCAUCAAGACUGCAGAAGAAGGCAGGCGGCAAGGACGGCAAGGAGAUCAAGAUCAUCAUCAAGUCGACGGCGGCAUCUGGUCGCUUCACGAGGAAGGAGAUGGAGGGGCUGUGCAACGGCGGCAACACGUCUAUCGCAAGAGUCAAGAGAGUCUUGUUGGAGAUCGCUAACAGGCUCGAGAUCAACGUUGAAGGCAUCGACAUGGAGGAGGAUUUGAACACCAAGUCCUGGAACGGGUCCAAGCUAUGCAUCCUCCUCGGCUCCACGGAGGAUGCUCGACGCAUGAUGAAGGAGCUGCCCUUCUAUCUCGAAGGCGCAGCAACCAAGCUCGAAGCAGUCGGCUUCGACAAGGAGCCUGAGGCGGCUGGUCAGCGGGGCACCAGCGACGCAGCGCAGCGACAGGAGGAGAGCGAGGGAGAGUGGCUGGAGUUUACAGACCUGGAGAGGAUCACAAUGGAGGCAGCAUCUCCGUCAAGCCAAGAGGACAUGCAGCUCGUCAGCGAGCUGUCAGCAGUCAUCGAAGAUGCAGCUUCUUUGAACGAGGCGGGGACGAGCGAGCCGAUCAAGCUGGUCCUGGACAAGGCCGUUGGCAACCUCCACGACACGUUCUACUCUCCGGGGAGCCUGGAGUUCAUGUCGCUGGGAGAGUGGGCGAAGAUGCCAGAGGAGCAGGGAGUUGGGCGCAACGUUCUCAAGGAGAAGCUGGGGAAGUGGCUGCAGAGCAAGCGCUGGACUCGCGUGCAAGGAGAGAGCAAGAAGGCAAGGAGGGGCAGCGCGUUCUCGCCACGGGCAACGGCAGCUGCUGAGCUUGAGCAGGAGGCGGAGAGCGACGACAUAGAGCGUCGAUCUCUUAGCUUCCUGUUCAUAGCACUGAGUAAAUUCGCAGAGAUGCAUGUGCUGGCCUGCUCGCUGAAGGUGGACAAGAAGGACCGACUGCGAGUGGAGAUGAGGGAAGAUGACGAAGAAGAGGAAGACAUGGAGGAAGAGCAAGGCGAGGGCGAGGAAGAAGACGGGGCGAGCCCGUACCGAGCUUGA